AUGUCAAACCUAACGAGCCUGAAAAGUACCAUCAAGCUCAACUCGGGCCACUCAAUCCCCUGCCUCCACCUCGGCGUCUACGAAGUCUCCUCCCGGGACACCUACACCUCCGUCUCGAGCGCCCUAAACCUCGGUUACCGCGCCAUUGACUCCGCCGAAUGGUACGGUAAUGAAGCCGCUGCCGGCCGUGCGAUCCGAGACUUCUGUGACAAGACCGGGACCAAGAGGGAGGAGGUGUGGUUUACGACAAAGUUGAAGUCGAACAGUGGGUAUGAGGCUACGAAACGGGCUAUCAAGCGGAGUUUGCAGGAAUGUGGACUCGGAUACAUCGACCUGUAUCUCAUUCACUCUCCCUAUGGGGGGAAGAAACAGCGUUUGGAGAGUUGGAAAGCGAUGGAGGAGGCGGUGGGGGAGGGAGUGAUCCGCUCUAUCGGCGUCUCGAACUACGGCGUCUCCCACCUCCGCGAGCUACUGGCCAUGAAACCACAGAUCCCACCCGGCAUCAACCAAAUCGAAGUACACCCAUUCAACACCCGCGUCGACAUUACCUCCUUCUGCGCUCAACACGGCAUUGUCAUCCAAGCCUAUGCCCCACUAGCCAAGGCAAUGCGGUUCAGUCACCCGGUGCUGAAGACGAUCGCGAGCAAGGUUGGAAAAACGCCCGCACAGGUCUUGGUGAGGUGGAGUUUGGAGAAGGGGUAUGUGCCGCUGCCGAAAAGCGUACGUGAGGCGAGGAUGAAGGAGAAUGCGGAUGUGUUUGGGUGGGGGUUGGAAGAGGAAGAUGUCAAGGCGUUGGAUGGGUGUGAUGAGUAUUUGGUUACGGAUUGGGAUCCGACGAAUGCUGAUUAG